UUUAUCGUGUUAUCAAGCUACAAAGGACACAUCCCCUGUCUGUUUCGACUAGGCAAUUAGAAUAUAUAUGUUUCUAUUUCGUGGAAAGAACAGUUUUACCGUUUAAUCGAGGACAGGCCUGGUUUUCGAUAUUAAUUGAAUGCGGAAAAAUUGCGUAUUUACCGAGGUUUCCUUUUAACGUGUUUGCAUUCAUGCUUCUGAUAUGUGAACAGGAUCUUAUUUCCGGGCAAAUUCGUUAUUCGUUUCCCGAGGAAAUGGAGCAAGGGGCAUUUGUUGGGAAUAUUGCUCAAGAUCUGGGCCUGAAUGUACGGCAAUUGUGAGCUCGCAAAUUCAGACUGAGCUCCGAUGACGGAGGGCGCUACAUGAAGGUUAGUUUGGACAAUGGAAUAUUAUCUAUUCGUGAAAGAAUUGAUAGGGAACGUAUUUGUAGACAAGCAGAAAUGUGUACCGUGCCUUUUGAUGCAACACUGGAAAAUCCCUCGGAGCUGUACCGCGGGGAAUUAGAGAUUCUUGAUGUCAAUGAUAAUUCCCCCACUUUCGGAGACUGCAGCAUCGCCUUACAGAUAUCGGAAGCGAGUGCACCCGGUGUACGUUUCCGUCUCGCGAGGGCGGAAGAUCCGGACAUUGGAAUCAAUACCGUCGCCGCCUACACGAUCAGUUUCACCGAGUAUUUUAGUAUAAAAACGCGCAGAACCGAGAGCGAUGUUCUCAUACCAGAGUUGCUGUUGGAUAAGUCACUGGACCGAAAGCUGCAAUCUUCUUUUCAGCUCUUGCUUACUGCGACAGACGGUGGGACUACUCAGAGAACAGGGACAGCUCAGAUUCUCGUUACUGUGUUCGACAUUAAUGACAACGCGCCGGUGUUUGAUCGUGAUAUUUACAAGGUCAGCGUAAGUGAGGACGCACCACAUGGUACCUUGGUGAUGAAAGUCAAAGCAAAUGAUUUGGACGAAGGGCUAAAUUCCGAGAUAACAUAUUCUUUCGAUGAUGUUGAUUUGCGAAGAGCGCGUCAUUUAUUCAGUUUAGAUCCAGAUAGUGGGGAGGUUCGAGUUGAAGGGCCCUUGGAUUUUGAAGAAACAAACAGUUAUUCGCUCGAUGUUCAAGCUGUGGACCACGGUUCACCCGCAAUGGCCGGACAUUCUAACGUGCUGAUCAAGGUCAUUGACGUGAACGAUAACGCAUCUGAGAUUAAGGUGACAUCAGCUUCCAAACAAAUUCCGGAAAAUGCACCGCCAGGAACAUUCGUAACCUUCAUUGAUGUUAGUGACCGGGAUUCUGGGGAGAACGGUCAGGUUCGCUGCGUGUUACCCAAGAAUAUCCCCUUAAGACUACAGACAUCAUCGAACCAUUAUAAAUUAGUUACCAGUGACACGUUGGACCGUGAAGGGAUUUCUGAAUAUCGAUUACCAAUUUCAGCAUGGGACCUGGGGUCACCUUCACUAUUCUCAAAUAAAACCAUCCAUAUUACAAUAACCGAUGUAAACGAUACCCCGCGGUUUGCUGAAUCAACCUACAACGUAUAUGUGAUGGAGAACAAUGCACCCGGCGCAUCCAUUUUCGUACUAACUGCUCUAGAUCCUGAUCUGGAGCAGAAUUCCUAUGUUUCUUACUCUUUUGUGGACCAUUUCAUCCAAAAUCCACCAGUGUCCACUUACCUGACCAUUAACUCAAUGAACGGUACAAUUUAUGCGUUGCGAUCCUUUGACUAUGAGGAACUCAAAAACUUCCAGAUCCAUGUACAAGCCCGUGACGCUGGGGUGCCUCCGCUGAGUAGCAGCGCCACGGUGAAUGUGAUCGUCCUGGAUCAAAAUGACAACGCGCCGGUAAUUGUUUUAUCUUUAUAUCGGAGUGGACCAGCAGCAGCAGCAGCAGGCAGCUCAGCGGGUCAAGGGUACUUGGUCACCAAUAUAAUGGCAACUGAUGCAGAUUCUGGUCAGAAUACACGGAUCUUUUAUCAGAUGGUGAAAUCUACCGAUCCCACUAUGUUCACCGUUACGAAAAAUUCAGGUGAAAUCUGAACAGCUCGCAGUAUUUUGCACACAGAUGCUCCUGUACACACGCUGGUCAUCUUGGUGAAGGACAAUGGGCAGCCAAGCCUGUCCAGUACAGUUACAAUGAACAUUAGAGUUUUGGAGAACAGUACUGAAGGAAUCACGGAAAGCAGCACCAUGGUGAAAUAUCCGGGAUAUUUCUCAGAUCCAAAUGUUUAUUUAAUCAUCAUUUUCAGUUGCACUUCCGUUGCCUUUCUUCUGAUCAUCGUUCUGUUGAUUGGGAUCAAGUGUAAACAGGACAGAAGUAUUAUCCAAGGGCAUAACUCUGCCAGGUAUUGCUACAAUCGUGCAGAUUCGCAAGAUACGUAUAAACGAAGACCAGUGAUGGAGGAAACUUUACGCUAUCCUGGGACAGGCCGGGUAGUCCGCGUGCCGGAACCGCAUCAAUAUUCGGUCUGCCUGUCUCCAGAGUCAGCGAAAAGUGAUUUUCUCUUUUUGCAGCCAUGCGGUGCUCCCAUGUCUCAGGCCGAACUACAAAGGAUACAUCCCCAGUCUGUUUCGACUAGGCAAUUAGAAUAUAUACGUUCCUAUUUCGUGGAAAGAACAGUUUUACCGAUUAAUCGAGGACAGGCCUGGUUUUCGAUAUUAAUUGAAUGCGGAACAAUGGCGAACCUACGGUUUCAUUUUAACGUGUUUGCAUUCAUGCUUCUGAUAUGUGAACAGGAUCUAAUUUCCGGGCAAAUUCGUUACGCUAUUCCCGAGGAAAUGGAGCAAGGGGCAUUUGUUGGGAAUAUUGCUCAAGAUCUAGGCCUGAAUGUACGGCAAUUGUCAGCUCGCAAAUUACGACUGAGCGCCGAUGACGGAGGGCGCUACUUGAAGGCUAGUUUGGACAAUGGAAUAUUAUCUAUUCGUGAAAGAAUUGAUAGGGAACGUAUCUGUAGGCAAGCAGAAAUCUGUACCGUGUCUUUUAAAACAACACUGGAAAAUCCCUCGGAGGUGUACCGCGGUGUGGUAGAGAUUCUUGAUGUCAAUGAUAAUUCCCCCGCAUUCGGAGAUGGCAGUAUCGCCUUACAGAUAUCGGAACUGAGUGCACCCGGGGUACGCUUCCGUCUCGAGAGGGCGGAAGAUCCCGACAAUGGAAUCAAUACCGUCGCCGCCUACACGAUCAGUUUCACCGAGUACUUUAGUAUAAAAACACGCAGAACCGAGAGCGAUGUUCUCAUACCAGAGUUGCUGUUAGAUAAACCUUUGGACCGAGAGCUGCAAUCUUCUUUUCAGCUCUUGCUUACUGCGACAGACGGUGGCACUCCUCAGAGAACAGGAACAGCUCAGAUUCUUGUAACUGUGUUCGACAUUAAUGACAACGCGCCGGUGUUUGAUCGUGAUAUUUAUAGGGUCAGCGUAAGUGAGGACGCGCCACAUGGUACCUUGGUGAUGAAAGUCAAAGCAAAUGAUUUGGACGAAGGGCUGAAUGCUGAGAUAACAUAUUCUUUUAGUGAUGUUGAUUUGCGCAGAGCGCGUUAUGUAUUCAGUUUAGAUCCAAAUAGUGGGAAGAUUCUAGUUGAAGGGCCCUUGGAUUUUGAAGAAACAAACAGUUAUUCUCUUGAUGUUCAAGCUGUGGACCACGGUUCACCCGCAAUGACAGGAUAUUCUAACGUGCUGAUCAAGGUCAUUGACGUGAACGAUAACUCACCCGAGAUUAAGGUGACAUCAGCUUCCAAACAAAUUCCGGAAAAUGCACCGCCAGGUACAUUCAUAACCUUCAUUGAUGUUAUGGAUCGUGAUUUUGGAGAGAACGGUCAAGUUCGCUGUGAUUUACCCAAGAAUAUCCCCUUUAGACUACAGACAUCAUCGAACCUUUAUAAAUUGGUUACUAGUGAUACCUUGGACCGUGAAGGGAUUUCUGAAUAUCGAUUCCCAAUUUCAGCAUGGGACCUGGGGUCACCCUCACUAUCCUCAAAUAAAACCAUCCAUAUUACAAUAACCGAUGUAAAUGAUAACUCCCCGCGGUUUGCUGAAUCAACCUACAACGUAUAUGUGAUGGAGAACAAUGCACCCGGCGCAUCGAUUUUCGUACUAACUGCUAUAGAUCCUGAUCUGGAGCAGAAUUCCUAUGUUUCUUACUCUUUGGUGGACAAUUUCAUCCAAAAUCUACCGGUGUCCACUUACCUGGCAAUUAACUCCAUGAACUGUACCAUUUAUGGGUUGCGAUCCUUUGACUAUGAGGAACUCAAAAACUUCCAGAUCCAUGUACAAGCCCGGGACGCUGGGGUGCCACCGCUGAGUAGCAGCGCCACGGUGAAUGUGAUCAUCCUGGAUCAAAAUGACAACGCUCCGGUAAUUGUUUCACCCUCAUAUCAUAGUGGAUCAGCAGCAGAUGAGGGCCUGCCCCGCUCAGCGGGUCAAGGGUAUUUGGUCACCAAGAUAAUGGCAACUGAUGCAGACUCUGGUCAGAAUGCACGGAUCUUUUAUCAGAUGGUGAAAUCUACCGAUCCCACUUUGUUCACAGUUACGAGAAACUCCGGUGAAAUCAGAACAGCGCGCAAUAUUUUGCAGACAGAUACUCCUGUACACACUCUGAUCAUCUUGGUGAAGGACAAUGGGCAGCCAAGCCUGUCCAGUACAGUUACAAUGAACAUUAGAUUUUUGGAGAACAGUACUGAAGGAAUCACGGAAAGUAGUACCUUGGUGAAAAAUCCGGGAUAUUUCUCAGAUCCAAAUGUUUAUUUAAUCAUAAUUUUCAGCUGCACCUCCGUUGCCUUUCUUCUCAUCAUCGUUCUGCUGAUUGGGAUCAAGUGCAAACAGGACAGAAGUAUUAUCCAAGGGUAUAACACCCCCAGUUAUUUUUACAAUCGUGGAGAUUCGCACGGUACGUUUAAUGGAAGACCUGCGAUGGAGGAAACUUUACGCUAUCCUGGGACAGGCCGGGUAGUCCGCGUGUCGGAACCGCAUCAAUAUUCGGUCUGCCUCUCACCAGAGUCAGCGAAAAGUGAUUUUCUCUUCUUGAAGCAACGCGGCGAUCCCGACUCAGGCCUAACGUCUCAGGCGCAACCUGUUUUGACAAGGCAAUUAGAAGACAUAUUCUGCUUCGUGGUAAGAACAGUUUUACCGAUUAAUCGAGGAGAGGCCUGUUUUUCAACAUUAUUUGAGUGCGGAACAAUGGCGUACGGACCGAGGUUUCCUUUUAACAUGCUUGCAUUCAUGCUUCUGAUAUGUGCACCGGAUCUAAUUUUCGGGCAAUUGCGUUAUUCUAUACUCGAAGAAAAAGAAGAAGGAGCAUUUGUUGGAAAUAUCGCUCAAGAUUUGGGCCUGAACGUACGGCAAUUGUCAGCUCGCAAAUUUCGACUGAGCUCCGAUGACGGAGGGCGGUACAUGAAGGUUAGUUUGGACAAUGGAAUAUUAUCUAUUCGUGAAAGAAUCGACAGAGAACGUAUCUGUAGGCAAGCGGAAAUGUGUACGGUGUCUUUUAAAACAACACUGGAAAAUCCAUUAGAGGUGUACCGCGGUGUAGUAGAGAUUCUUGAUGUCAAUGAUAAUCCCCCUACUUUCGGAAACGGCAGCAUCGUAAUACAGAUAUCGGAAGCGAGUGCACCCGGGGUACGUUUCCGUCUCGAGAGGGCAGAAGAUCCUGAUAUUGGAAUAAAUACCGUCGUCGCUUACACAAUCCGUUUCACCGAGUAUUUUAGUAUCAAAACACACAGAACCGAGAGCGAUGUUCUUAUACCAGAGUUGCUGUUAGAUAAGUCACUGGACCGAGAGCUGCUAUCUUCUUUUCAGCUCUUGCUCACUGCGACAGACGGUGGGACUCCUCAGAGAACAGGGACAGCUCAGAUUCGUGUUACUGUUUUGGACUUCAAUGAUAAUGCGCCUGUGUUUGAUGAUGACAUUUACAGGGUCAGCGUAAGCGAGGAUGCACCACAUGGUACCUUGGUGCUGAAAGUCAAAGCAAAUGAUUUGGACGAAGGGCUGAAUGCUGAGAUAGCAUAUUCUUUCAGUGAUGUUGAUUUGCGAAGAGCUCGUCAUUUAUUCAGUUUAGACCCAGUUAGUGGGGAGGUUCGAGUUGAAGGACCGCUGGAUUUUGAAGAAGCAAACAGCUAUUCUCUUGACGUUCAAGCUGUGGACCACGGUUCACCCGCAAUGGCCGGACAUUCUAACGUGCUGAUCAAGGUCAUUGACGUGAACGAUAACGCACCUGAGAUUAAGGUGACAUCAGCUUCCAACAAAAUCCCGGAAAAUGCUCCGCCAGGGACAUUCAUAACGUUCAUUGAUGUUAUUGACCGGGAUUCUGGGGAGAACGGUCAAGUCAGCUGCGAGUUACCCAAGAAUAUCCCAUUUAGACUACAAACAUCAUCGAACCAUUAUAAAUUAAUCACCAGUGCAGCGUUGGACCGUGAAACAAUUUCUGAGUUUAAAUUACCAAUUCUAGCACGGGACCUGGGAUCGCCUUCACUGACGUCAAAUAAAACCAUCCAUAUUACAAUAACCGAUGUAAACGAUAACGCCCCGCGGUUUGCUGAAUCAUCCUAUAACGUAUAUGUGAUGGAGAACAAUGCACCCGGCGCAUCGAUUUUCGUACUAACUGCUCUAGAUCCUGAUCUGGAGCAGAAUUCCUAUGUUUCUUACUCUUUGGUGGACAAUUUCAUUCAAAAUCUACCAGUGUCCACUUACCUGGCCAUUAACUCCAUGAACGGUACCUUUUAUGCGUUGCGGUCAUUUGACUAUGAGGAACUCAAAAACUUCCAGAUUAACGUACAAGCCCGAGACGCUGGGGUGCCUCCAUUGAGCAGCAGCGCCACGGUAAAUGUGAUCAUCCUGGAUCAAAAUGACAACGCGCCCGUAAUUGUUUCACCUUCAGAACAAAGUGGAUCAGCAGAGGUUUUGCCCCGGUCAGCGGGUCAAGGGUAUUUGGUCAGAAAGAUAAUGGCAACUGAUGAAGAUUCUGGUCAGAAUGCACGGCUCUUUUAUCAGAUGGUGAAAUCUACCGACCCCACUUUGUUCACCGUCACGAAAAAUUCAGGUGAAAUCAGAACAGCGCGCAGUAUUUUGCAGACAGAUACCCCUGUACAUACUCUCGUCAUCUUGGUGAAGGACAAUGGGCAGCCUAGCCUGUCCAGUACAGUUACAAUGAACAUUAGAGUUUUGGAGAACAGUACUGAAGGAAUAACAGAAAGCAGCACCUUGGUGAAAAAUCCGGGAUAUUUCUCAGAUCCAAAUGUUUACUUAAUCAUCAUUUUCAGUUGCACCUCCGUUGUCUUUCUUCUGAUCAUCGUUCUGUUGAUUGGGAUCAAGUGUAAACAGGACAGAAGUAUUAUCCAAGGGUAUAACACCCCCAGUUAUUGUUACAAUCGGGGAGAUUCGCAGGGUACGUUUAAUGGAAGGCCUGCCAUGGAGGAAACUUUACGCUAUCCCGGGACGGGACGGGUUGUCCGCGUGCCGGAACUGCAUCAAUACUCGGUCUGCCUGUCUCCAGAGUCAGCGAAAAGUGAUUUUCUCUUCUUGAAGCCAUGCGGCGCUCCCACGUCUCAGGCGCAAAUUUACCGUGUGUUUUCUUACGGCUUUCAGAAUAUAUAUGACUUACAUUAUCUUGUAAUAAGAAUUUUUUUACGGAUUACCCGAAGAGAGGCUUGGUUUUGGACAUUCGCUGACUACGGAACAAUGGCGUACCUACCGAGAUUUGCCUGCAAUGUGUUUGCAUGUAUGUUACUGGUUUGUGCACCGCAUCUAAUCACCGGGCAACUUCGUUAUUCUAUUCCCGAGGAAAUGGAAGAAGGCGCUUUUGUUGGAAAUCUCGCACAAGAUCUGGGUCUGAACGUGCGGCAAUUAUCAGCUCGCAAAUUGCGACUCAGCUCUGAUGACGGAGGACGGUACAUGAAGGUUGGUUUAGACAAUGGGGUAUUAUCUAUUCGUGAAAGAAUCGACAGGGAAGGUAUUUGUAGGCACACGGAAAUGUGUACCAUAUAUUUUAAAACAACACUAGAAAAUCCCUCGGAGGUGUACCGCGGGGAAGUAGAGAUUCUCGAUGUAAAUGACAAUCCUCCCAAUUUCGGAGACGGAAGCAUCGCCUUGCAGAUAUCUGAAGCGAUUGCACCCGGAGUACGUUUCCGCCUUGAGAGCGCGGACGAUCCCGAUAUUGGAAUAAAUACUGUCACCGCCUACACAAUCAGUUCCAAUGAACACUUUAGUCUAAAAACGCAUAAAAAAGAAGAUGGUUUUAUGGUAGCCGAGUUACAGUUGGAGAAAUCUUUAGACCGAGAAGUCCAAUCAUCAUAUCAACUCUUGCUUACGGCGACUGACGGUGGGAUACCUCAGAGAUCAGGCACAGCUCAAGUUCUCAUUACUGUAUUGGACAAUAAUGAUAAUCCACCAGUGUUCGAUCGAGAUAAUUACAGGGGCAGCUUAAGUGAGAACGCUCGGCAAGGUGCCAUUGUGAUGAAAGUCAAUGCAAAUGACGCGGACGAAGGACUGAACGCUGAGCUGACGUACUCUUUUAGUGAUGUUACUUUGCGAAGAGUGGGUAAUUUAUUCAGAUUAGACCCACAUAAUGGAGAGAUCCGUGUAGAAGGACCGCUGGAUUUUGAAGAGGUAACUAGCUAUUCUCUAGAUAUUCAAGCUAUGGAUAAUGGUUCGCCUCCAAUUACUGGACACGCAAAUGUGCUGAUCAAAAUAACUGACGUGAAUGAUAACGCACCCGAGAUAAAGCUGACAUCAGCCUCCACCAAAAUACCGGAAAAUGCUCCACCAGGAACAUUCAUAAUGUUCAUUGACGUUAUUGAUCGUGAUUCUGGAGUGAAUGGUCAAGUCCGCUGCGAGUUGCCUCAGAAUGUUCCCUUUAGACUACAAACAUCAUCGAACCAUUAUAAAUUGGUUACCAGUGAAACGUUGGACCGUGAAGUAAUUUCUGAGUACACAUUACCAAUUUCAGCAUGGGACUUGGGAUCGCCUUCACUGUCGUCAAAUAAAACUAUCCAUAUUGCAAUAACCGAUAUAAAUGAUAACGCCCCGCGGUUUUCUGAAUCAUCCUACAACGUAUAUGUGACUGAGAAUAGUGCUCCGGGUGCAUCUAUUUUCGCACUAACUGCACUAGAUCCUGAUCAGGAGCAGAAUUCCUAUAUCUCUUACUCUUUUGGGGACAAUCGGAUCCAAAACCUGCCAGUAUCCACUUACCUGUCUAUUAACCCAAUGAACGGUACUAUUUACGCGCUGCGUUCUUUCGACUAUGAGGAACUCAAGAACUUCCAGAUCAACGUACAAGCCCGUGAUGCUGGGGUGCCUCCGUUAAGCAGCAGCGCCACGGUGAAUGUCAUCAUCCUGGAUCAAAAUGACAACGCGCCGGUAAUUGUUUCGCCUUUAGAACAGAGUGGAUCAGCGGCAACGGAGUUCGUGCCCCAAUCAGCGGGUCAAGGUUAUUUGGUCACCAAAAUAAUAGCUACGGAUGCAGAUUCUGGUCAGAACUCACGACUCUUUCAUCAGAUGGUGAAAGCUACCGAUCCCACUUUGUUCAACGUUGGGAAGAUUUCCGGUGAAAUCAGAACUAGCCGCAACAUUUUGCAGUCCGAUAAUGGUUUACAGACUCUGGUCAUCUUGGUCAAGGACAAUGGGCAGCCAAGCCUGUCCAGUACAGUUACAAUGAACAUUAGAGUUUUGGAGAACAGCACUGAAGGAAUCACCGAAAGCAGUACCUUGGUGAAGAAUCCAGAAUAUUUCUCUGAUCCAAAUGUUUACUUUAUCAUAAUUUUCAGUUGCACUUCCGUUGUGUUUCUUCUGAUCAUCGUUCUGUUGAUUGGCAUCAAGUGCAAACAGGACAGAAGUAUUAUCCAAGGGUAUAACACCCCCAGUUAUUGUUACAAUCAGAGAGAGUUGCACGGCACGUUUAAUGGAAGACCUGCCAUAGAGGAAACUUUACGCUAUCCCGGGACAGGCCGGGUUGUCCGCGUGCCGGAGCCGCAUCAAUACUCGGUCUGCCUGUCUCCAGAGUCAGCGAAAAGUGAUUUUCUCUUCUUGAAGCCAUGCGGCGCUCCCACGUCUCAGGCCUAAUGAUGCGUAUGCUCAAGGAAGGCGCAUCUUAUUUGUGGUCAUUUUACUUUCGAGGCAUAUGAAUAAUUCGUGAGUGAAAUAUUUAAGAAAAUGUUGUCCAUGUUUUCUAUUUCAUUUAAAGUGUGCAUUUGUUGUCAUGGUAACGAAUAUAUAACUUUUAGCAAAUAAAGCCCAUCGUCUGAGAGGUAUCUGUCAACUCUGA